AUGCGCAACGAAGCCCGUAACGACUUCCUCGCGCUUAAUGAAGACCAGUGUUUCGCCUCGCGGACCACGAUUGGCGCUGACUUGGUUGACACUGUUAAUUUUGGCGAGCCAACACUUCGCGAUGCUGUCGUUAAUGGUUGGCUAUUAGCUGCCUCUGAACCUAAAGCUCCCGAAGAGCUCGAGACUACUACAAAGCGAGAGAUCGAGAAUACAACAAAGCGAGAGAUCGAAAAUACUACAAAGCGAGAGAUCGAGAAUACUACAAAGCGAGAGAUCGAGAAUACUACAAAGCGAGAGAUCGAGAAUACUUCAAAGCGAGAGAUCGAGAAUACUACAAAGCGAGAGAUCGAGAAUACUACAAAGCGAGAGAUCGAGAAUACUUCAAAGGGAGAGAUCGAGAAUACUUCAAAGCAAGAGCUCGCGGACACUACAAAGCGAGAGAUCGAGAAUACUACAAAGCGAGAGAUCGAGAAUACUUCAAAGCAAGAGCUCGCGGACACUACAAAGCGAGAGAUCGAGAACACUACAAAGGGAGAGAUUGAGAAUACUACAAAGCGAGAGAUCGAGAAUAGUUCAAAGCAAGAGCUCGAGAACACUACAAAUUCAAAGCAAGAGCUUGAAAACACUACAAAGCGAGAGAUCGAGAAUACUACAAAGGGAGAGAUCGAGCAUACUACAAAGGAAGAGAUCGAGAAUAGUUCAAAGCGAGAGAUCGAGAAUAUUACAAAGGAAGAGAUCGAGAAUACUACAAAGCAAGAGCUCGAGAACACUACAAAGCGAGAGAUCGAGAAUACUACAAAGGAAGAGAUCGAGAAUACUACAAAGCAAGAGCUCGAGAACACUACAAAGCGAGAGAUCGAGAAUACAACAAAGGGAGAGAUCGAGAAUAGUUUAAAGCAAGAGCUCAGGAACACUACAAAGCGAGAGCUCGAGAACACUACAAUGGGAGAGAUUGAGAAUACUACAAAGCAAGAGAUCGAGAAUAGUUCAAAGCAAGAGAUCGAGAACACUACAAAGCAAGAGAUCGAGAACACUACAAAGCAAGAGCUCGAGAACACUUCAAAGUAA